AUGUCCCGAUUCUUUGCGGCUGGUUACACUUCAGACACCUCGUCGGAGGAGGAGGACCUUUUGUCAGGAUCCGAGGAAGAGUUGAUGUCUUCUUCUGAGGAGGAAUUCUCCACCGACUCUGAAUUUGACAACGAUUCGGACGAACUGAGCUCGGAGGAUGAAGACUACAGUGGUGCCGGUCCCUCUUACUUUUUGAAGAAAGAUUUCUUGAAAGGUUCUGGUGGUGACAGCGAUCUGGACUCUGACAAUGAGGGAAGAAAGGUUGUCAAGUCAGGUAAAGAGAAAUUACUAGACGAUAUGAGAGAGCUGGUAGAUCUGAUUUACAACUCAAGAAACUUGGAAAACUGGAGCGCUGUCUUAAACGAAUUCGACAGGUUAGGCAGAUUAUUGAUCAAGGCCAACCAGCAGAACAUGCAAAAUCCAAACUUUUACUACAAAAUGUUAGGAGAGUUGGAGCAGUCAUUGCUCUCAGAGGCAGCCAACCAAGAGAAGAAGAAGCUUCCCACUGACCAGAACAGAUCUUACAACACCAUGAAGCAAAGAGUCAAGAAGGCCGUCAAGGAGUACCAGGUGUAUUUGGACUACUACAAGGAAAACCCUACAGCAUUUGACACAGAGGAGCCUCUCAAUAUUGCCUCCACCUUAACCAGCAAUGACACUGGUGUUGGUGGUGCAGUUGUCGGCUCGAUUUCCGGUACCACCAGAUCAUUGAGCCCCGUGUUCCACCAAUUGAAGCAAAUCUCUGAGUCAAGAGGUAAGAAGAAUAUCGAUAAAGUGGAGCAAGUCACUAUUUUAGAAAAGUUAUUACAGGACGCCUUGUCGCUGGACAAGCUCUUUGAGAUCAUCUCUGUCUACCAGAUGUUGCUCUCGGUGAGAUUUGACGCUUCUUCAAAUCAGUCUUAUAUGCCAAUUGAAGCCUGGAAACAGAAUGAGAAAGAUUUCUUGGACUUCUUGCAUCUCUUGGAGAAGCACUCCAACGAGUACUGUGUUUCUGAGUCUGGUGUUGCCACCGAUGAUAUCGAUAUUGAGCCUCCUGCCAACGAAAAGGGUGUCAAGGUGAUCUUGGGCUCAGUUGCUGCUAUUGUCGAAAGGUUGGACGACGAAUUCACCAAGUCCUUGCAGAACACCGACCCUCACUCCACUGAGUAUGUUGAUAGAUUGAAGGAUGAGCCUGGUCUCUACCUGUUGAUUAUCAGAGCUCAAGUCUACGUCGAGGCCACUACCAGCAUCUCUGAUCAUUUGGCAAGAAUCGCUCUCCGUAGGUUGGACCACAUUUACUACAAGCCAGACCAGCUCAUCGAACAGAACGAGAAGGUUGCAUGGGAGAGCACCUGGGAAGGAGCUGGUGUGGAGAACUCUUUACUUUACACCAAGGGCAAGUCUCCAUCGGAGGUGAUGACUUCGUUAACAGAUUUCUUGAGCAAACAAGAAAGCAAGAUCUACAACAAACAGGCAAUCUUGUGCAAGACAUACUACUUCGCCGUCAACAACAAAUAUGCCGAGGCGAGAGAAUUAUUCUUGAAUUCCCAGAUAUACAGCACCAUCGCAAGUGCUGACUCUGCAACUCAGGUGUUGUAUAACCGUGCACUUGUUCAGCUUGGGUUAGGUGCUUUCAAGGCUGGAAAGAUCGAGGAGUCACACCAGAUUUUGAAUGAAAUCAUUAACACACAGAGACUCAAGGAAUUGUUGGGUCAAGGUUACAACUCGAAAUACCCUAGCCAGGUCACCACUGCAGAGAAGCAGAAAUUGCUGCCAUUCCACAUGCACAUCAACUUGGAGUUGGUUGAAUGUGUCUUCAUGACCCUGUCGAUGUUGAUCGAGAUCCCAGCUUUGGCUGCUUCUGCCACUUCCAUCAAAGACAACAAGAGAAAAGCCAGCAUCAAAUCUUUCAAGAGCAAAUUGGAAUUCCACGAGAGACAAUACUUUACGGGGCCCCCAGAGAGCAUCAAGGACCACUUGAUCUAUGCCUCUCGCUACUUGCAAAAGGGUAAUUGGGACAAGGCCUACCAAUUGUUGUCGUCUAUCAAAAUCUGGAGGUUAUUCGCCGACAACGAGCUGUUAUUGCUGAUGUUGAAGCAGCAGUUGCAGGUCGAGGGUUUGAGAACAUACAUCUUUACAUAUAAGGCCAUCUUCACCAAGUUGUCCUUGGAGAAGUUGUCCAGGCAGUUUGCCCUUGAGCAAAGUACCAUUCAAUCGAUAAUUGAGAAGAUGCUUGCUCAAGGCGAGAUUCUGGGCUCUUUGGACGAGGCCAAGGCGUUUGUGAACUUCACUACUGACGAGCCUCAGAGAAGCAAGUUGCAAGAGUUGGCCAGUAUCAUGAACGAGAAGCUUGGAGUGUUGCUUGACAAGAAUGAGAAGACAUCAUCGAAUGGACAUAGCCGUAAGCAGCCAUCUCAGCAGCAACAACAGCAACAGAAGGAGCAGAAGGAACAGAAGGAGUCACAGCAGGAAGAGAGCAGCAAGUUCCGUCACGCCAACGUGAACACCAACAACGACGAGUUCCAGGUGACCGCCUGA